CUCGGUGGAUCCGCACACACACAUCCAGCAGCAGCACCGGGAGAGCUCGACGGAGACUGCUCGGCUAUUAUCGCUUUCUUCAUGGGACACAACAACACUUAUUCCCCGCCAGAGAUCAUGGGAGGCUGUUGACACCGACUCGGACACGAGCAAACGGAGAACCUCGAGAGGAGCCUGAAAUCAGUGAAGGGCCCAACAUGGCCGCCCAUCGAAUCAGAGCCACCGCCACCAACAACACUUCGCUCCCACGCUGCAGGUCCGAGGGGACGCUCAUCGAUCUGAGUGACGGGGUGUCAGAAGCCAGUCUGAACGAUGUCAAAGUGCCUUCUCCCAGUGUCUUACGACUGGAUGCGACUGCCUCAUUCGGCGCUGCCAGGGAAGUCGUCGCCAUUAAAGACUACUGCCCAUCCAGCUUCACCACCCUCAAGUUCUCUAAAGGGGACCGCCUCUACGUUCUGGACUCGUCAGGAGGAGAGUGGUGGUACGCCCACAACAACACAGAGAUGGGCUACAUCCCGGCAGCUUACGUGGAGCCCAUCAACUACCGAGACUCGUCCUUCAGCGACAGCGGGAUGAUUGAUACUGUGGGAGACUGUAACGAGGAGGCAGCCAGAGAAAUGGACCUCCUCGGAGAGUGGGCGGGGGUCAUUCUGAAACCAACCACUUUCCAAAACGGAAAUCCUUUUGCAACAACCCAUACCUCUACAAACCCUUUCCUAAACGGGGUUCCUCAGAGCUCACUUGAUCAGAACAGUAAUGAGAAAUCAGUUGACCUCCUUCUGUUUGAUACGCUCGCUCCAUCAGUGCCCAACUCCACCAGCAGCACCACCAUCAAUGGUUUUGGCAGUAGCGUUUUUAACCCUAUUAGUCCCACUGUAGGGAUGGGGCAAACGCUGCGCAGGGACAACCCGUUUUUUAGAAGCAAACGAUCCUACAGUCUGUCUGAGCUCUCCAUCCUGCAGGCUCAGUCCGACGCCCCUCAGCCCUCCUCUGGUUUCUUCGGGGGCUUGAAAGCACCGGCGCCAGAGCAGUUCCAGAGUAGGGAGGACUUCCGCACAGCAUGGCUCACCCACCGCAAGCUAGCCAGGUCCUGCCAUGACUUGGAUUCGCUGGGUCAGAACCCAGGCUGGGGCCAGACGCAGCCUGUGGAGAGCAACAUUGUCUGCCGGCUGGACAGCUCAGGAGGGGCCGUCCAGGUUCCCGACAGCAACAUCAGCAUCCAUAUACCCGAGGGCCACGUGUCCCCGGGGGACACCCAGCAGAUCUCGAUCAAAGCUCUGCUCGACCCCCCGCUAGAGCUGAACAACGACCGCUGCACCACCGUCAGCCCUGUGGUGGAGAUCAAACUCAGCAACAUGGAGACCAAAACCACCGUCACCCUGGAGAUGAAACUGUCUGUCGUGGUGAAAAUGGAGAGCAGGGAGACGACAGAAGUCUUGUGUGUCAGGAGUGAUUGUAAAGAAGGACCUUACUCCCCCAUUCCUCAGGCGUACAUGUAUGGGGACACAGUUCAGGUGUGCUUGGAUAACCUGGAACCGUGCAUGUAUGUGUGUGUUGUGGCUCAGUCCCAGUUCUUAUCUCCAGACUCCACAGUUUGGGAGAAUGUGGUUAAAAAGAUCACCUUAGGAGUAUAUGGUCCCAAACACAUCCACCCGUCCUUCAAGACAGUCGUGGCUAUGUUUGGCCACGACUGUGCCCCAAAGACUUUGUUGGUGAGUGAGGUGGGCAAACAGGCGCAGUCUGCUCCUUCAGUCGUGUUGCAGCUCUGGGGUAAGCACCAGUUUGUCCUGUCCAAACCCCAGGACCUCCGCGUGGGAGUUUACUCUAACAUGGCCAACUAUGAGGUAAAGGCUAAUGACAAGGCCAGAGUGGUCCGGGGCUUUCAGGUUAAACUCGGCAAAGUCAGCCGGCUCGUCUACAUAAUUGCCUCGCGCAACGAUGACGAUGUUUCUGAUUUCACCUUAAGGAUCCAAGUCAAAGACGACCAAGAUUGUAUACUGGCUCAGUUUUGUGUUCAGACACCAACACCGCCACCCAAAGCAGGCCCAAAGACCUCCGUGCAACGACGCUUCCUGAAGAAGAAGGAGGUGGGCAAGAUAGUCUUGUCUCCUCUCGCUAUCGCCACCAAGUACCCUGUUUUUCAGGACAGGAGAAUUAAUAACCUGAAGUUUGGAAAAUUGAUCAAAACUGUCAUCCGACAAACAAAAAAUCUGUACUUGCUGGAGUACAAAAAAGGAGACUUUGUAGGUCUGUUGAGUGAGGAGAAGAUUAAGCUUAAGGGUCAGUUGUGGACAAAAGAAUGGUACAUUGGAUAUUAUCAGGGCAAAAUGGGAUUUGUUCAUUCAAAGAAUGUGCUGGUAGUUGGCAAAGUUAAGCCCAUUUACUUCAGCGGGCCCGACCUUACCACUUCACUGUUACUGGAGCAGAUACUGAAGCCCUGCAAAUUCCUCACGUACAUCUACGCCUCCGUAAGAACUAUACUGAUGGAGAACAUCGGUAACUGGCGAGUGUUCGCGGAUGCCCUCGGAUACGACAACCUGCCCUUGACCCAUUUCUGCCGCGCAGAGCUGGACAGCGAACCUGAGCGGGUUGCAUCGGUGCUGGAGAAGCUGAAGGAGGACUGCAACAACGCAGAGAGCAAAGAGCGAAAGUCCUUCCAGAAAGAACUCCUGACGGCUCUGUUGAAGAUGGACUGUCAGGGUCUCGUGGCCCGGCUGGUCAUGGACUUCGUCCUCCUGACCACGGCCGUGGAGGUGGCGGGGCGCUGGAGGGAGCUGGCCGAGAGGCUCGUCAAGGUGUCCCGGCAGCAGAUGGACGCUUAUGAGGCGCCACAUCGUGACAAGAACGGGGUGGUGGACAGCGAGGCCAUGUGGAAGCCGGCGUACGACUUCCUGGUGACGUGGGCGGCUCAGAUCGGCGACAGCUACAGAGACGUGAUCCAGGAGCUGCACCUGGGCUUAGACAAGAUGAAGAGCCCCAUCACCAAACGCUGGAAGCACCUGACCGGCACGCUCAUCCUGGUCAACUGCCUGGACGCCCUGCGGAGCUCUGCCUUCAGCCCCGCUGCUCAGGACGACUACGCCAUCUGAACUCUCUCCUCUUCGACAUGCUGUGAACCAGCUGGACGCCACCGCUGCUCCAACUCUUUUAAUACUUCCUGUCUUGCAUAGUUAUGUAUUUUUGUACUCUUAUUACGGCACAGCAUUUUUUUAAAGCAACACUUUGGUUAAGAACUGUGGAUUGAACGCCAAGAAAGACACUUUUUCAAGAAAAGACACUUUUAGAUAUCGUACUCUUGUCACACGUGUCAAAUCUCUUCUAUUUAUUUGUACAUCAAAGAGAAAAGUCACUUCAGGUCCAAACGUUCUGUGUUUUAUUCACAUCUGGCACCGAAGGAAACGGAAUAAUUUAUAAAUCCACCUCUUGCUCUCCACUAGUGCCAAAUAUUUAGUAUAACUGAAUCAUAGUUUUACAGAAGAUUCUGAAUCUGAACAUCAUUUAAACAUCGUCUGGUUUGUUGUUUUUCUUGAAUUCUUGGGUUUUGGACAAAACUAGUAAUUAAAAAGGAUUUUUCACAGUUUUCUGACUAAACUAUUGAGAAACAUAAUGACGGUGAUGGACGUCUGAUCUCCUGUGUUUGUGUUAAGAACAUUACAAGUUCCUUUGUUCUAUAAAGUUGUUUUCGUCUGUGAAACCAGGUAAAUUUGUUUUGUCAGGUGAAAAAAAUUAGUUUUGUCAGGAUGAUUUUUCUAAAUCACUUUUUUUUGGAAGUUGAACUUUUUCUUUCCUCCUGUUUCACAAACGUAUUAAGAUUAUUGUAGCAACAACUUUUCCUCCUUUCGUUAAAUCACAAACACCGGAGAGAACAUAACAGAAUAUAUUUUCUCACUUUUCAGUAAUUACUUUCCUAAUUAAUGGAUUAAAGUUUGUCAGCUUGAGCCUCCAUGUAACAAACUGCAGUGUCUCGUGUCUCAACUCUUCAUCUCAGCUCUUCGUCUCUUGUUUCUUUUUCGUCUCACGGAAAAACCUUUUUCCAAAGCUUGCCAAAAAUGACCCCAGCUGGACACCGUACACCGUGUUGUGAUGACGCUGUCGAAGCUUCUUGUCUCAGUGCUGCAUUCUGUAUCAUGUGGUGAGUUUAAAAACCUUUCUGUGACUGCAUACGACUCUAAAUAAAAUGUAAAUAUUUGGA